AGGGCAAUGGGGCUGUCCUUAACAGCAUGAACACUCGUCUAGGCUUGAAAUUUUGCCGAAGUAUCUGAGACGAACUGUGCGAUUGCAUCAAUCUCACUCUAUAUACUGAUACAGCGGGUGGAUAAAUGAUACUUUGGAGUUUCAGCCAUAAUCACGAUCCCCAACGGUGACAGCGGACUUGUCCCCUAUCCCUAUCCCUUCACUCCCCUUGCUUUUAAUCUUCGAAAAUUCCGAAUGGAUUACGUCCACGAUGUGCCCCUAGCAGCAGGUCUGCUCACGACUUUCGUUUCUUCCAUCGUGCCUACGCCGACCCUUCCGCUACCGUAUAUCUCCCCUUCAUCCCAGCCGUCUCCGACGUUGGCCUCGGACCCCGGAUAUGACGAUGGCGGCGGGGGUGGAGGAGGAGGAAUGCAUAAGUGGUCUUCUCUCAUCGGUAUCGUGACAGCACUAAUCGGCAACGUCUUGAUUUCCUUAGCUCUCAACAUUCAGCGCUAUGCUCAUAUCCGGAUCGAUCGGGAAUUGGAACAUGAAAAGCUACAGAAGGAAGCUGAAUGGAAACGCGCGAAUCCAGGCCGGGACUCGCCAAACGCUUAUGGUUCGGUUACAGAACAUGAACAUGACGACUGCCAAACACGGGGGAGGGACCAGAACCGUCGCUUCGGUCGUUAUAGGGACGAGUCUCCAGAAGUCCGGUUCGUGCAUCACGAUCAGCCUCAUAUUGAUCUCGAGCCUGAAGACGAUGAGGAUGACACGCAUUCCCUCCAGCACCAAUUGAACGAAUCGUUCAUGUCGGAUCGAACCGUGCGACCGGGGGAUCUGCGCCGGAAAUCGUACCUCCGCUCUCCGUACUGGUGGGUCGGAAUUGUGUUGAUGUGCGUCGGCGAGGUGGGGAAUUUCAUGGCAUAUGGCUUUGCUCCUGCAUCAAUUGUGUCCCCAUUGGGCGUCGUGGCUUUAAUAUCGAAUUGUGUUAUUGCGCCAAUUAUGCUGAAAGAGAAAUUUCGGGGGCGCGACUUCUGGGGCGUGCUUGUUGCGAUUACCGGUGCGGUGGUGGUGGUUCUCAGCGCUAGUUCCUCUGAGGAGAAAAUCGGACCGCAUGAUAUUUGGGUAAUGAUCACCCGUUGGGAGUUUCUGACGUAUCUGGGCGUUUCCACCGUGUUGAUAACCGGGCUCUUGUGGGCAAGUCGUAAAUAUGGGCCGCGGACGGUCCUGAUUGAUGUCGGGCUGGUGGGACUUUUUGGUGGAUAUACUGCCUUGUCAACCAAGGGUGUUUCGUCAUUGUUGUCCUUCACAUUGUGGCAUGUCAUUACAUUUCCGAUCACUUACCUUCUAGUAUUCGUCCUCGUUUUCAGCGCGUUAAUGCAGAUUCGCUACAUCAACCGCGCUCUGCAGCGCUUUGAUUCCACUCAGGUGAUUCCAACCCAGUUCGUUCUCUUCACACUUUCUGUGAUUAUCGGUAGUGCGGUGCUGUACCGGGAUUUCGAAAAUUACACGUUUGACCGCGCUGGAAAGUUUAUCGGCGGCUGCGGCCUGACCUUCUUGGGGGUGUAUUUCAUCACCAGUGGCAGGAUCCGCAGUGACGAUGAGUCUACAUACUCGGUCGAUGACGAAGAGGAAGCCAUUGGCCUGCUGGACGGAGAGAGAUACCGUGAUAGCGUCGACAUGUCGCCUCCUGCGCGUCAUGUGAGAGUACGGAAUCCACAGAGGGUCUUGGAACCCCAAAAAGAUCGUCUACAGUCUCCCUCUGGGUCGUUCUUCAGUCACGGUAUUGAAGGGGUUGAUGAAGAUCAGCGCACUCCCAGGGGUGUUUCACCUGCCGCACCGUCGUCUCCCGUCAGUUCGUUGACCGCCGACUCUCUUACCCAGCAAUCACCAGAGCCUUCCCCUCCGAUGCACCCCAACUCACUCCUGACCAAUCCUUGGGCGGAUGCUCACGAGCAAGCCAUUGAUACCUCCAAAUCUGAACCUCAGAUUCGCCGUCCAGUUACCCCCCCAGGGCAGUCCGGGCCCACAACAUCCGACUCACCUGUCCUUCUUCGUUUCCCACCUGCCCCCGGCAUUGAAAAUAAUAGCCUCAAAGUUCCUGCUCCCCCUGGAGUAGAAGACAUGCAGGCAGGACCCCGAAGUGCUACUGUUCCGCAAACACCACCAGCGCGCAGACUGCGGAAUUCGAUCUCGUCACGAUUUUCACCUGGCCCGCUUCUUCCGACCAUUUCCGCAGGGUUCAGUGCAGUGGUAGCAGAGUCUCUGCGUCGCGGCGAAACGAGUCCGGCCAAGGAUCGCAAGUUCUUGCGAAGGCAUAAGGGCAAGCAGCUCAGUACAACCAUCCUAGAUGGAUUCCUGCGCAGCCGAGACGGAGAGCCCACCAACAUUGAGGAGGGCCUGAACGCCCGAGGGGCAUUGCCAACAGCGAGGUUUAAUUCUACUGGUGACAUUGCCACUGCCCCUGUCACAGCAGGGCAAUCGACCAUUACACUGGAUGCAGAGAACGCGUCGCAAACCCCGCAGCCUGAUGUUUCUACUUCUGUAUCUCGUCUUCGCAGUUUAAGUGAUUCCUGGAGUGGAGGCCUCGCGUGGUUAGGCGGUACCUUACGUAAAGUGAAUGGUCCAGGCAACGAGCGUGAGCGGAUCACCGAGUCACAAACGAAUGAGGAGGAAACCGACGCAAAUACGAGUGCGUGAAAUUGAUGCUCUUCUUUCGGGUGGCUGGUUCACUUUUUUUUCCGUACAUAUUGCUUCUUUGUUCAAACACUUCUUGGGUAGGCUUUAGUCUACCAGCCACGGUGUUAGCUUUUGUAGUUUAUAGUGUUUAAUACAGAAUUUAGAGCUUGUAGCGUGGUAUCAUCUUUUUCCUAGCAACCGAGCGGUUGAUUUUGAAUAUUCGCAAGGACCAAAUGAAGGGUA